GAGCAAGUGGUCCCAGGCAGCAGGGACAGGCUCUGCUGCCAGCACCUCUGUGCUGGUAGUGUGUUGAGUUUGGGAUUGACAUGAAGUGCCAUGUUUCAUUUGCAGGCACUGGGAACAUCACCGAAGACAUGGAGAAGCAGCUGCAGGCCAACCACAUCAGGAUCGGUGUGCUGGAGCAGGAGAACACGAGGCUCAUGGCUGCACUGGCCAAGGUGAAGGCAGCAGCUCAGCAGGGCGUGCUGCAGCACAUCCCACAGACCCAGCUGUGGACUCAGCUCAGCACUCAACGCAGAGGGGAGGCUGCAGGACUCCCAAGCAGCCAAGGCAGCGGAGAUGGCACAGGAUCACAAAGAGCCACCAGCAAGGCCUGGCAGCGAUCUGUGGGCAGCCAGCAACAUCAGCUGCUCCCAGCAGAACCUGCACGUGAGGCCAGAGCCUGCAUCACGCUGCCAGCAAAGGGCCUGGCGCUGGCUCCCCACAAGCCCAGAGGGAGCAGCAGUACAACCAGAGCACACCACUUCUUGCACCGCAAAUAGCUGCUUGGGUAACUGAGGAAGAGAUGAAGCAUUAAUGAGCAGCACACAGCUAAUCCCUUUAUCCCUGCAGGACCUCGUUACCUGUUGCAAACAUGAAGGUACAUUCCCUUGGGAAACUCGGUCUGCCUGCCUGUUGUUCUGUGCCCAAGGAACAGUGUUGCUGAGUGGGUGUAACACUCAUGGGCAGUGGUUCCACAGCAUCUGGGAGGCUGAAAGAAGGCUUGGCUAACAGCCAGCCAGCAGCUGUUGCUUCGCCUUGUUUGCUGCAGGAUGG